AGACGGCCGCGACACAAAGGAAGCCCAGGAGAGACGCAGACGCCCGCCCACAAAGCCCACUUUGCCCAUGGCAACUUCCGCUUCACUGCCUCCUCCUCCUCCUCCUCGCAAUCUCUGCAGGGUGACGGGGGAGAUGGCGGAGACGGAAGAACCUGGCCAAGAUCGACGAGUACUCCCUCCUGCUCCACAUGGCCUGAUCAUGGAGGAGUUCGUGAUGGGCGACCACGCGCGGCUCUUGUCCUUCCUGCGGCUCGCCACGGAGCUCGCCGUGACGUCGCCGCUCUUCGCGAAGCUCUCCGCGUGCCUCUCCUCCGACGCCGCGUGCCUCGACGGCCUGGCGCGCGUCCGCGGCCGCGGCCGCGGACGCGAGCGGCUCCGCGUCGUGGCGUACAGGCUCGGCGGCAUGCGGUACAGCUGGGCGCCGCGGUUCCGCCUCGCCUUGCUGCUCCUCCUGCGGGACAAGUUCCCCGAGCUGGUCGGCGCCGUCGAGGUGGUGGAUCCCACCGUGGCCCCGGUGGAGCGCCGGGCCAUGGAGGAGCUGGGCUGCGUUGUCACCGCGUCGCCUGCGCUCUGCCUUGUGGUCGAACAGCCAACUCUGAUCUUCAUGCCCUACGCGGAUCGCGUCUUCUUUGAGAAUUUGCUCACCUUGAACUGGACCCCAGAUCAGCUCGGCAAGAUCGUCGUUCUCGGGCACAGUUUCAGUGCCAUGGUGAAGAUGCUUGAGCUCAGCAUUUCGAAGCAAGAGAAGUGUGGUGUCACUGAGCAGAGGGAGAAGGUGAGGAGGGUACUGGCAAUUCAGAGCUAUGUUCAGGAAUUAGAGCUUUGUGCUGAGAUAUCUGGUUUGUUCGAUAACCCUCUCUUGGGAGAUGAGUAUCCUGAUGAAUUGAACCGGUCUGUCUACAAUCAUUCAUCAGAGAAGUGUAUAUGCAUGCACUGCAUUGCGCAUAUUGAGAGGGCUGCCAUGAUUUAUGCUCUUCCCAGCAUCUUUUCAGUUCAUUUCUUUCAGUUUGAUCCUGAAGUUGAUAUUGAACACUUGAUACCAGAUAAUUGUGCUACAAAGGUCUGGAGUUAUGUCAAUGUCCAAAUGAAUUGUGAUGCUCAGUUAGAAGGGUGGCAUUUAAAUCCUAGUGAUGCAUACAUUGAGGACAAGCACUUACAGGAAGCUAAAAGCAUAGUUAAAGAAAUGCAUGAAACUAUUUCUGAUGUUAGGAGUUCUGCACUGUACACAAAGUUUAUUGAUCAUGUGAAGAAAGAUGAGAGCGUUUCUUCUCACAUUUCAAGCAUGUUGGGAGCUCAUGAAUGCAUCCAAUUGGUUAUUUAUGGCCUUGGGAGCUUUGAAUUUGAUGUGAAGUCUCAAUAUCAGCUUGCCUUCGCUCUUCUUCUAAAGGCAGAUAAUAUAUUCCCAAUUGGUGACAUUGAAAUAUAUGAUCCAGCACUCUCUCCUGCUGAUGUCAAAGCAUGCUUCGACUUGGGUCUAUGAGUGCUUUUGGUGAAUGAGCAAUGCCAAAGAAGUGUUAACAAGCCUACACUUUUCUUUGUUCCAGGAUUGAAAUUCGUUGGAAAUCUCAUUGAGUCAAAUUUCACUGCUAAGCAAUUAAAUAAGAUCAUUCUAGUUUCCUAUGGGUUCAAGAAUAGUGGGAAAAGUAUUUCUGCUGCACUUGAAAACAGGAGCUGUGGAUUUACUGGUAUCAAGGGUUCCUUAGCUUUGGAAAGAGACAGGUUUCUUUGGGCAAGUAUUAAUUAUAUUGAUGAAGUAAUUGUUUUGGAAAACUUUGAUGAGGAAUUCUGGGGAGUCUCUGAACUGAGGGUUGAGUUUCUUGAUGUUGCCGCUGAUGUGGACAUGAACUCAAAUGUGCCAAGGUUGUCUCUUAAGGAAAAGUUUUUCCUUAACUUUGAAUUGGAACUGGAAUAUAAUUCCUUCUUUGCUUUUGAUCGUGUCUUAUUUCCAUAUGCACCUGAAAGAAAGAAUGUUGCGUCCAUUUAAACAAGAUCAAGGCGACUGCAAGGAUGAUGAACCUCAAUUCUGGGGACAGGAGUUCCAGCACCGAAUCCCAGCAAUCCAUCGGAAUACUUGGUCCCCUCCACCCAAGGGUUGGAUCAAGCUCAACUUCCAUGGCACUGGCUGCUCCAAAAAUCGUUCUGCUGGCAUGGGUGGUGUAUUCCACAAUGAUGAAGGUGCACUCUCCUACUUCAUCGGUUCCUUAGGUAACGUGGAUCAGACUGUGGCUAGUAUUCAAGCACUUGAACAUGGGCUAGAAAUCAUGCUUGAGCAUCAUGAACCAGUUAAAAAGCUGAUCGUUGAGGGGGACGAUCUCACGGUGAUACGUUGGUGCAACAAAAUCUCUUGCCCACCUGCAAGAGCUCAUGAUUCAUUCUUACAUAGCUACUGGUACAUGGAUUUGAUGCCGUGUGAGGGGGCUGGUGUGCUUGCUGGGUCAUCCAAAGAGACUAACAAUGAGAGUGAUAGUUCUUCACAAGACGCAUCACCUGUUAAGCCACUCAAUGACUGUAGCAGUGAGAAUGAUAAAGAUGAGUAUGACGGUUCUUUGCAGGAUGCAUCACCUAGUGAACCACCGAAUGACAGUAACUGCGAGAGUGGUAAAUAUGAGAACAGUGACUCUCUACAAGAUGCUUCACCCGCUGAGCUAUCUGAAGUCUGUUACAAUGGAAAUGGUUCUUUACAGGAUGCUUCGCCUGCUGAGCUAUCUGAAGUCAGUAACAAUGGAAAUGGUUCUUUACAAGAUGCUUCGUCUUCUGAGCUAUCUGAAGUCUGUAACAAUGGAAAUGGUCAGGAUGAGGACGGAUGUUCUUCAUCUUCUGAGUUUGUGAUCCCUCCUGGAUGGGCUCAAAGGGAGUACAUAGCUUGGCGGGUCGAAGAGGAGGCAAAUCAGACCGCAAUUGGUUUGGCGCGUCUAGGCACUGCGCUACCUGACCAUGGGAUAAUGGUACACCUCUCAACCAAGUGUGACUGUGAACAUGGAAGAGAAAUGAAGAAAGGCAGACCAGACAUCACAUGGUUUGAUCAUUAGAGAGGGCCGUUGUUUGAGGAGCAAAGCUUGGGCUAACAGAGAGUGGAGAGCCUUUCUCAUGUGGAACCUGUCGCUGAUGCUGUUAGAAUUUCAAUGGUUACUCUCAUUGAGAAGAGGAUGGCACUCGAGAUGGGGCAAUUUUCUGGUUUUCUUCAUUUACUAAACACAAAAGCCAUGUCCUCCCAAAGAGGAUUGGAUACAUAUUUAUAGCUGCUUGUAGCAGCCAUGCAGCCAUGCAAGUCUAAGAGGGUGCUGUCCUAGAGCAUCCCAACAAACUGUCCUAGAGCAGAGCAUCCCAACAAACUGUCCUAGAGCAGAGCAACCCAACAAACUGUCCUAGAGCAUCUCAACAAACUGCUGUCCUAACUGUCCUAGAGCAUCCAAACUGAAAGUAGAGAUGCUGUCCUAGAAAGUUGAAAAGCAGGAAAAGGCACCACAAGACCAAGACCAACCAGCCAAGACUUAUUCCUACAUUCUCCCCCUAAGUCUU